CUCAUGGUGCUCGGGCGUUUUGUUUUGUUGUUCCGUUUUACCUGACAGUAGUACCUACAUGACCCCAUAGCGGUUCACAAAAGAUAAGAUUAAAAACCCUAUCCAUCUUAUGGGUCUUGUCAGAUGCCGUUGAUUUAAAUCGCUCUGUAUCAUGAGAUGAUGAUGAUGAUGAUAGCAUUGACCAUUUGAACAAAAGCCAUCCUUACUGUCACACACACCCUUUUCCCCCUCCUCUUCUCCGACCCCUCAAGCCACCACGCCAUACGAGUUCCAUUGCACUCUUGGUGUUGGUGCUUGGAUACCUAAACGAAAUCAAGCUCUACACCAUCGGAAGUCUUGUCACCGGGAAUCAAGUAGCUUGGCUCUACCUAACAACUUGAUUCGUGUCAUCAUCGCCGCCUAAACAACCAUGCCGAUUUUCGAAAGAGUCCGAAGAAAGUUAUCACGCUCCAAAUCUACCGGUGGCGGUUCCUCAGGCAUUAUUACCAAACCAAUCCCUGACAAUAACGACCACGCCGAGGGACAAAUUCGUAUCGACCCAUCGUGGCCCACCACAGCAUUAUCAUUGACACCAUCCGACGAGAACCUCGUGUCCAAACUCGCCUUUUCACCAGACACUGAAUUCAUCGAAAGGCCACCACGACUUCGUACCCCGUCGGUGGCGGCCACACAGUUUUCCGAACGGACCGUCUUCAACAAUGUCGAGUCCGGGUUCUUGUCGUUACCGACCGAGUUGUUGCUGUUCUUACAGCCUUACCUGACCCCGAGUAGCGAAGUGGCACUCCGACACACCUGUUCUCGGUUUUUCCACCUCUACACCCUACCUUCGUUCGUCCUCAAGGGCAAGGACCUUUUUGAUUUCUUGUGCAUGACCGAGAGAGAUCAGGACCCGGCCGACCUGGACAGACUCGUCUGCGGCCGGUGUCAGGAGCUCCACGUCAAGACUACCUUUCCCGCGUCCGAAGUCACUCGACCCCCGACGGCUCGAGACUGUAGGACCGUCUGGUUGUGCGCCCACCGGACCUUGGGUUACGCGAAGACGAUCCGGAACGUCAAACCGGGUGUCGAUUCACCCUUUCGGGUCGAAACCUUGGAUCCAUGCUCGAGGUGCCGCAACUUCAUCCGCACCCGGUCUGUCGCCGAACGUCCGGAAAAGGGGACCUCCCAGACCGACCUCGAAUCCCCCAAAACCCAGUCCUUGUUGAUCACCAAGGUCGCCCUCCUGCAGGCUCCCUCUCCACUCCCGUACGGCACCCGCCGCGAACGGUCAUCGUCCUCGGGCGUCGUCGGCGGCGGCGGCGGCGGCGGUGGAAGUACCGGUGGCACCAGCAGCGGCGUCUACAAGGAAUUGUUUUCGGCCAAGGACGUAUCCGACGCCUUGUCGGCCCUGGACUUUCGUCUCUGUCCUCACAUGAAACUGGGGGACCCCUACAUCCUCAGCAAGUUUUGCCGUGCGUGCAUCAACACGCAACGUCUACCGGUCGGGGUCAAGGGUCCGCCGUGUAUUAACGAUUGGAAAAAGAAGAGCAACGAUCUCGACGACCUCGUCAGCGGCAUCAACAACAGUAUCCACAAUUACAUGUACGAUAACAACAACAGAAACAACCACAGGAAGAGAUCUUCUCGACGAGGCACAGGAGGAGGAGGAGGAGAAAGGAGGAGGAUGACGACGACGACGACGACGGAGGGAAACAGGUGCAAAGGAUCGUGUUACACCCGAGGUUGCAAGACACAGUUCAUGUUCCAGACCCGGGAAUCCUUGUCGCCCGAUUCCUCCGGCCGGAGGCAAGUCUGGCUCAUCAUCGCGGUCUAUCGAUGGUUGGGACCUCUGCAGACCGAACUGAGGGACCCCACCUGGACGGACCACGCCGUCGACCACCGGGAACGGAGGGACAUGAGGGCGAGAUGGGCCGAGUGGGAGAGGCAGAGCCGAGGGCCGACCGGGAGGCAGCAGUGCAUGCCCAACUGGAGUAUCUGUCUGCUGCACCCGGAGGAUUCGAAUCUGAGAUGACCACGGGCGCGACGAGUCGUGACGGAGUGUGAUAUCACCGGAGAUGUCGACGGGUUUGGGUGUACUCCGUUACCGACAUGAAAAUGAAGACAAACCCAGAAAAAAUUGUGGUGAAAUGACGCGAAAUGUAUCCAUACGACCGGUUGAAACUGGUCGAUUGUUACGACCUGUCCGUAGGUAUCUACCAGGUUCACAGGUCGACAAAAGAAGGAACAAAAAGUCGGAGAUCAUCAUGUCCACAAGUACCGUGGUAAAUACGGAGCAAGAGGUCAAUACUCCAGACAUAAAUAGGUAUAUGUAAAACCCUUCCACCAUCGAAAAGAGCAAAAAGUCCUCCUACUACUUCUAUACAUCUUCA